GGAAAUGCAAAAAGCGCAACUUACUUUAGAAUUCAUCAGGGUCUACAAACUAGACCAAAGUUUUUCUGACGAGAAGAAAAAGGACGGGUACGAAGAUGGAAAUGCAACUAGCGCUAUUAUCGUUAUAUCAUUUCAUCGUCCUUGCAAAGCUAAAGCUAAUACGAUACCCCGCUAGUGUUGGUGGAUUUCAUUCGCAACUUGAUACUUCGAUAAUGGGGAGUCCAGCUUGUCGUGCUAUCCUGGUAUCUCAUAGACACUCUUGUACUUUCUGCAGCGGC